GGACAGGGAGAGGAGCGGAGGGUGGAGGAGGGGUUUGCGGCCCCGUGGGCUUUGACCACAGCCCAGCGCCCCAGUAACCUUGUCUGAUGUGAUCAUUAACCUUUCUGGAAAACGCAGCCGAGGUUGGUUAGAAUGUGAGGCGCCCCGCACAGAUCCUGCACAAGCCGCGUACAGAUUGCUUGUUGCUCUCCGGAGUUCUGGCUGUCUUGGAGUGUGUCAGGAAAGAAAAAAAUGAGAUUUCAACAACUUCUUUGUGUCUUUUUGGUUUUUAUGAUGAGUCUCCUCCUUACCACCGGACAGAGACCAGCUAAUUUGGUCCUGAGAAGAAAACUGCAUAGACACAGCUGCCUUCAGAGGCGAUGUAUACCUCUUCACUCACGAGUACCUUUCCCCUGAGAGCUCCUCAGCUGACUUUACCGAGUCUGCCACAAGACAGGAGUGAAGAAAUGAUACCCAACCACCCAAAGAACUUCACUGUGCAAAAGUAUGAUUGCUUAGAGGCUACUGUAGGAAAAGGCAUUGUUCAAGAGUACCUGGGAUGGUAUUUUGGCUCACAGGACCAUCUUCUUCCUGACAGAAACUGAGAAUCAGUUCCAGUCUGAAGCACCCUUAUUUGCCUGCAAUUACAAUGGUCUCAUCUUUUCUCGGACUUUUUCUUUUUUGUAAUGGACCAAAAAGAAAAAUGCUUGUCAGUGUCUUAGAACUCUCAAAUCGCUAAAAGUGCAAGAUUUCCAAUUUUCCCACACUCUUAUAAUUAUCCAAAUGUAUUAACUUUGCAGAUGUUAAAUUUUAAAUCAGUUUUUCUGCCUGGCUUUAAAGGAUAAAAAGAAAUAACUGAUUUAUUUAUUUUGAGAUAUUAAGGGGGAAAAGCUAUGAAUUCCUUUAGGUCUUAUGAAAGUAUGACAUUUCCACUUUCUGAGUAAUACCUAGUUGAAGUCAUAAAAAGAGCCGAAAUCAUUAACUGUAACUCAUUUUAUUUUAAAAUGGCAGUGUUUGUUCAUUUCUGAAUCUUUUCCUCAUCUUGUAAUAAGCAAAAGCCAACAUUCAACGUUCUGGUUUACACACUUGAUUAGUUUGUGUAGUUUCUUUAAAAGAUCUGCCUAAAGUUAGUAUCUAAAUCACACUUAUGCCAGUGUAGCCCUAGCUGGGCAAAACCUGUAUCUAAUAGAUAAGUGUUCAUCAUUCUAGUAAAGAUUUUGUUUUGUUUCUGUGCUAUUCAACUCAGGAUGUUAAUAUGCAAAUAAAAAGUCAGAAAGAGUUUAGGGAUACAAUUAUCCAAUGAAGAAACUAUCCUGUCUACAUCUGAACUGUAUUAAUUUAAAUUAGGUUUUCUCAAGUGGCUAAAUAUAUUCUUACUUGGUAUUUAUUGAAAGGCUGCUAGUUUAAUGCUAGUAACUAUCAGUUGCUCAGAUAACAAAUUU